AUGGAAUCGCCCUUUGUCUGUUUGUGUAUAGCUUGCUACUCCUCCCCUUGUUUGAAUGGAGGAUCGUGCACGGAAGAACUCGAUGGGUUCACCUGCUCUUGUCAAGGAGGAUAUGUGGGAGAACGCUGUCAGCGCAGCGUCUGCCCCGAUGGAUGGCGGUACGGAGGAACAAAGUGUUUUCUGAUCGAGGACGACCUUCUGAACUGCAACUGGUAUUCCUCUCUGAAGUACUGCCAUGAUCUCGGUGGGGUAACCCUGGCGAACGGCGACGUUGUUGAAGCUUCUCUUCUCGUCGUUGAGAGCUUUGAAGAGUAUGAACAUCUCAAGCAUUACAUAGGACCUACAGGCAAGAUCUGGUUGGACUGUGACGCAUAUGGAACCUGGUGUGUUUGCUUCCCUGAGCCGGAAAGGACUACUGAAUUCGAAUAUUGGUGUGCCGAGUCAGAAUUCUACUUCAAUUCCUCCUCAUCCAACACUAAUGACGACUGUGUGUACGCAAGGAUGUACGAUGGCUCGUGGUUGGUGAGGCCAUGUACGACGCCAUGUUUGGCUUCCCACAUUUCUACCGUGUGCCAAGUCCGCAUAGCCUAGCUAGCCAACAUAUCAUUUAUUGCACUGAGGGAAUUAGUUCGAAGUUCAAAAUUUAUUAGAGGCGUUUACAUGCAUGUUCCCGGACAAGGGUGGAAUCAGUGGUUCGUGACAAACAGUGUAACAAUCAUCGUAGAACAUUUUAUGAUACAAAAACAAAAGAAAAAAAGAAGGAAAACAAAAUACAUUAUAGCUACAUAUUUGAAAUAUGAAAAGCAAAAAAUUUCCGAAUCCUGAAUAUUAAACAGCUCUUUAGGACAUUUAGAUUUCCUAGUAUUACCAUGUACGUUUCCACAAUCAUAUCAAGUAUUGGGUCUUUAUCUGGCAA